AUGUCUAUAGCCCCAGUUUAUACUUCAUCCUCGAAGGACUACCGCUCCGAUACGUUUACCAUUCCCACGCCUGAAGUUUGGAAAACAGUAGCAGCGGCGUCUGUAGGCGAUACCAUUUACGAAGAAGACAGAGACACGUUUAUGCUCGAAGAGCGGGUAGCAGAGGAGCUCUUAGGUGGCCGAAUGUUUGGCAAUGAAGAAUCUCGAGGGUUGUUUUGCAUGUCAACGACAAUGUCAAAUCAGCUCGCUAUUCGGGCUCAUCUCAAUUUCGCUCCACCCUAUAGCGUUCUCUGCGAUGACAGAGCACACGUUUACGUCGAUGAGUGUGCCGGUAUAGCCGUACUUUCUCAAGCUUUGGUGGUGCCCGUGCAGGCAUCCAACGACCGUUUUUUAACUCUGGAAGAUGUCCAGCGAAAAUAUGUUCCUGACAUUGACGACAUUCAUUUGGCUCCAACCCGACUAAUCUGUUUGGAGAACACUUUGCAUGGUAUGAGUUUCCCAUAUAAUGAGCUCAAACGCAUUAGUGAAUGGUGUCAUGAAGAGGGAAUUAAGUUACAUCUGGAUGGAGCACGAAUUUGGAAUGCUGCGUGUGCACCUAGCCACACUGAUCCAGAAACCUAUCUCAAAGAUAUCUCAAAACUGGUCGAUUCAAUGUCUCUUUGCUUUUCAAAGUCAAUAGGAGCGCCCAUAGGAUCGAUGCUUGUUGGCGGUACUGCAUUCAGAAAAAGGGCUCGUCAUUUGCAAAAACAGCAGGGCGGGGGGAUAAGACAGGCAGGAUUCAUCGCUCGCAUAGCCAAUCAUUGUCUGAGCACAAACUUCCCGAAAAUCAUACAAGACGUUUCUAAAGCAACCGAAGCGUUUUGGAUCGAGCUGUACAGCACGAUGAAGGCAGAUUACGGUCUGGAGCUCCACCUGGCUCAUCCUGUUGAAACCAACUUCAUUUUUGUCGACUUGGCCAAGUCGCGCAUCAAUCUUGCCAAGCUUCUAGAAAUAGGCGAGAAAAAUGACGUCAAAUUGUUUGAUGGCAGGCUUGCCUUUCAUUUCCAAAACAUUGACAGUGAAAGCUUGAAUGCUUUGAAGAAGACCUUUAUCGACAUUGCGAUCUAUUACCAAAAACACGAAUAUAAACCAGACGAAAGAUCUGCGAGAAUAUAUUGA